CCUCGGUAUUUUGCGUGAGGGUUCAAAUUGUGACGUCAUGACGUAAAAAUGACGUCACUAAAACGACAACGCUGCGAGAUCAUGGAGGAUAGAAAGAAGAAGCCGCGAUUCAGCGAGAAAGAAAUUGAACUGCUUGUUCAGGGUGUUAAGGAAAGAUCGGACAUCAUAAAUUCAAAAUUCAGUGAUGUAAUCAAUAACUCGAAGAAGAAGCAAGCGUGGUUCGAAGUGAUGGAGGCCGUCAACGCGGUAUCUUUCUCGACAAGAACGGUUGACGAAUUAAAAAAGAAAUGGGACCAUGUGAAGAGGGGGACCAAGAAGAGGGCAUCUGCCGUACACAAAGAGCGGUGUAAGACGGGGAGCGGGAAGUUAGAUAUUUUGCCGCUUAGCAGUAUGGAAGAGGACAUUGUGUCAGUAAUGGGAGAGGAGCGAAUCUUCGGAUUCAGCUCCUAUGUCGACACAAUGAUUCCCCUUGUAAGUUAACAACGUUCAGUUACCUCGUUUGUGUUACUUAUAAUUCCAUGCCUUUGGCGAUGCAGUGAGAUAAUGAAACUUAUUCUCGGCUAGAAACUGGUCACUUUCUCAACUCUCACAUGUACAAGCUUAAACAGUUUUGCAGAUUUAUAGUUGCUUAGAGUGUAAAUGUACACAUCGGGUCUAAAUA